UUUGACCCGUCUAGUGGUAUUGCCGGGGCGGGGAGAGAGCGGAGAGGGGGAAGCGCUGAAUAAUUGAGGAGCUGCACCGCCCUCCUCCAUCCCUCCCUCCCUCCUCCUUCCAUCCCUCCUCCAUCCCUUCCUCCUCCCUCCAUCCCUCCUCCAUCCCUCCCUCCGCCCUGCGUGCGCGGCCGGGAGCCGGAGCCGCCGGUGCCCAGCGCCCCCCCCGCCGCCUGCAGCAGCGCAGCCGCCCCCGCCGGCCCCCGGAGCCUCCGCCGGGCCGCCAAAGCGGGAGGAACCAGGGCGCCGGGAUGCGGCCGCAGCUCUGAGCACGGAUCCAGCCGGGAGCACCUGCACCGAGCCCAGGCCCAGCCGCAGCCAUGAGCAGCCUGGUCUCGCGCCUGGACCCACGGCGGGUGCCCUGGGGGGCCGCGGGCCAUGCCCUGCGCGCCCGCGUCCUGCGCACCAAGCCCGUGGAGUCGAUGCUGGAGGGCACGGGGACGGCCGCCGGCCAGGGAGCCCGUCUGGCCAAGGUCCUCACCACCCUCGACCUCAUCUCCCUCGGCGUCGGCAGCUGCGUGGGCACCGGCAUGUACGUGGUGUCUGGCCUGGUGGCCAAGGAGAUGGCGGGGCCCGGUGUCAUCGUUUCCUUCAUCAUCGCCGCCGUCGCCUCCAUCUUGUCAGGUGUUUGCUACGCUGAGUUCGGUGUGCGGGUCCCCAAGACCACGGGCUCUGCGUACACCUACAGCUACGUGACGGUGGGCGAAUUCGUAGCGUUCUUCAUCGGCUGGAACCUCAUCCUGGAGUACCUGAUCGGCACGGCCGCGGGCGCCAGUGCCCUCAGCAGCAUGUUUGACUCGCUGGCCAACCACACCAUCAGCCGAUGGAUGAUCAACAGCGUCGGGACAUUGAAUGGGCUGGGGAAAGGAGAGGAGUCUUACCCUGACCUUCUUGCUCUGGUCAUUGCUGUCAUUGUCACCAUCAUCGUGGCCAUGGGAGUAAAGAACUCGGUGGGGCUGAACAACGUGCUCAACGUCAUUAACCUGGCAGUCUGGAUCUUCAUCAUGAUUGCUGGACUCUUCUUCGUCAAAGCUGACAACUGGUCUGAAGGGCAAUUUCUGCCAUUUGGGUGGCCAGGGGUGCUCAAGGGGGCCGCAACGUGUUUCUAUGCCUUCAUCGGCUUUGACAUCAUCGCCACCACAGGAGAGGAAGCAAAGAGUCCCAACACCUCCAUCCCGUAUGCCAUCACGGCCUCGCUCGUCGCAUGCUUGACAGCAUAUGUGUCCGUGAGCAUCAUCCUCACACUGAUGGUGCCGUACGAUGCCAUCGACACCGAGUCCCCGCUGAUGGAAAUGUUUGUGGCCCGUGGCUUCUACGCGGCCAAGUUCAUCGUUGCCAUCGGGUCUGUGGCUGGGCUGACUGUCAGCCUGUUGGGGUCCCUCUUCCCGAUGCCAAGAGUCAUUUACGCCAUGGCCGGCGAUGGGCUGCUCUUCAGGUUUCUGUCCCACGUCAGUUCCUACACAGAAACUCCAGUGGUGGCUUGUAUCGUCUCUGGGUUCCUCGCGGCACUGCUAUCCUUGCUGGUCAGCCUGCGGGACCUGAUAGAAAUGAUGUCCAUCGGCACGCUGCUCGCCUACACGCUGGUCUCCGUCUGUGUUCUGCUCCUCCGCUACCAGCCCGAGAGUGACAUCGACGGCUUCGUCAAAUUCCUCUCGGAGGAGCACACCAAGAAGAAGGAGGGCAUCCUGGCCGACUGUGAGAAGGAGGCUUGCUCCCCAGGGAGCGAGGGAGAAGAGUUCGCGGGCCCACCGACCAACACUUGUGGGGCAAAAAACCUGCCAUCGCUGGGGGACAACGAGAUGCUCAUCGGGAAAUCCGAUAAAUCUGCCUACAGCGUGAAUCACCCCAAUUACGGCACGGUCGACAUGACCUCGGGGAUCGAGGCAGACGAGUCUGAGAACAUCUACCUCAUCAAGCUGAAGAAGCUGAUCGGCCCUCGCUACUACACCAUGCGGAUCCACCUGGGGCUGCCGGGGAAGAUGGAUCGCCCCACAGCAGCCACCGGCCACACGGUCACCACCUGCGUGCUCCUGCUCUUCGUCCUGAUGUUCAUCUUCUGCUCCUUCAUCAUUUUCGGGGCUGACUACAUCUACGAGCAGAGCUGGUGGGCUGUCCUCCUCGUCGUGCUGAUGAUCCUGCUCAUCGUCGUGCUGGUUUUUGUGAUCCUGCAGCAGCCAGAAAACCCCAAGAAGCUGCCCUACAUGGCGCCUUGCCUCCCCUUUGUCCCCGCCUUCGCCAUGCUGGUGAAUAUCUAUCUCAUGCUGAAGCUCUCCACAGUCACAUGGAUCCGAUUUGCCGUCUGGUGUUUUGUGGGUCUGCUCAUUUACUUCGGCUACGGGAUGUGGAACAGCACGUUGGAGAUCAGUGCCCGCGAGGAGGCCCUGCACCAGAGCACCUACCAGCGCUACGACGUGGACGUCGACCCCUUCUCCGUGGACGACGGCUUCUCCUACGCCACCGAGGGUGAGAGCUACCCGGGCUGGGGCCCCGCCGAGGACAAGGGCUUCUCAUACCAGCAAAUGGCAGGAGCAAAGGAAAGCCAUCGGACCAGUAGCAGAUCGAAAAGCAAAGGCAGGCACAAACCGCCCUCGGAGGCCCUGAUCGCUAACGACGAGCUGGACUACUCGCCCGAGUAGUGGGAUGGGCAGGGGGACACCGCGCUGCCCGGCCGGCCAGGAAUGGGCCCCGCAGCUCCCCUGCCCCAUCCCGUCCCCUGCCGCUGCCCUGUCACCUCCGGUCCUCGGGACACGCUCUGUGACCACCGCCGACCCCGAACCAAGCCCACCCAAGGGUGUCCUGGGCCGUGCUCCGGGGAACAUGGGAGCCCCGGUGCCCACCGAGCCCCAGGCGGUGCUGAGGGGAGAUGUGCCAAACCAGGAGGGCUCUGAGGGCUGGAAGGAGCUGCGCGGGGGGAUGAGAUGGGGUUUUCCCCAGGGAAUAUUCACACGAUGUCCGCAGUGGUGUGAAGCUGCUCUUGCAUAUUUGGCACUUUCUUAGCACAUGUGGUUUUCCUUUUUUUCCUUGAACUGCCCAGCAGUGAUAGCUUAGCUAGAGGGGCAGGCAGGUAGGAAGCGAUGGACAAGCC